AUGGACAAACUUGGAGAAGGUACUUAUGGUGUAGUCUAUAAGGCUAGAGAUAAGGUUACUGGAGAGAUAGUUGCUCUUAAGAAAAUAAGAUUAGAAAAAGAGGAUGAUGGUGUCCCCUCAACUGCCAUUAGAGAGAUCUCACUGUUAAAAGGCAUCAAGCACCCUAAUGUUGUUGAAUUGAAAGAGGUCUUGUACUCUGAAGAUAAAUUAUACUUGAUCUUCGAAUAUUGUGAGUUUGAUUUAAAGAAAUACAUGCGCCACAUUGGAGGCCCUCUCCCUCCUCAAGAAGUAAAGAGUUUCACCUAUCAAAUUCUACAAGGAACAGCUUAUUGUCACGCUCACAGAAUUAUGCAUAGAGAUUUGAAGCCCCAAAAUCUCCUUAUCGAUAAGAAUGGAACCAUCAAACUUGCCGAUUUCGGUCUAGCUAGAGCCUUCGGACUUCCCGUUAAAACUUAUACUCAUGAAGUUGUUACUCUCUGGUAUCGUGCACCAGAAAUUCUUCUUGGACAGAAAUAAUACUCAACACCAGUCGACAUUUGGUCAAUUGGUUGUAUUUUUGCUGAAAUGGCUCAAAGAAAAGCUUUAUUUGCAGGUGACUCAGAGAUUGAUUAGAUUUUUAAAAUAUUCCAAGUUUAGGGAACUCCCAACGACAACAACUGGCCUCAAGCAUUGAAAUUGCCAGACUUCAAACCAACUUUCCCUAAAUGGAAGGGUAUUCCCAUGUCUCAACAUGCUUAGAAUCUCGAUGAAUAUGGCCUCGAUUUAUUGCAAUCAAUGGUUGCUCUCGAACCUCACAAGAGAAUAUCAUGCAGAAUGGCUCUUCAACACCCUUACUUCGAUGACCUCGACAAGAGUAAACUUGUGAAGGAGUUCUGA